GAGCCAUUUCCACGCAACCAUUUCCUUACCCAGAGGACAGAUUCCAGAAGCAUUAUGAGAAAGCCUCUUAUCCCUCGAGCCCUGACUGACAAUCUGGUUCUAGCCUGCAGCACCGAUCAUCGAAAGGAUGGCAGACGAGAAAGCGUUGGCGACCAGCCAGAUGACCACGACCAUAUCUCAGCCUCGCAGCGAACCAACUCAGCCUGCAGAUGCUCAUGCAGCAGGGACCCCGAUGAUGGCCAAUGACGGUGAUGUCGUUGAUAUAGCAGACAUGAAGAAGACCACACUAGAGGAUCGGCAGAGCGGAGAGAAUGAUAUUGAGGAAGCUGGCAUCAACUACAAUCCACGGCAAUGGUAUCGCCGCCAUGCGUCCAGGUACUCCAAACAUGUAGUAUAUGCCGGGAUCUGGAUCCUGUUCACAGGAUGGUGGAUCGCUGGUCUUAUCCUCCAUCGCUAUGACUUGGGGUGGCUGAUCCCGUUUCUGCUCUAUCUCGCUAUCACCCUGCGUCUCAUAUUCCUCUAUGUUCCAAUCUCAGCGCUCACGCGACCAGUAUUCUUCGUGUGGAACCAGACGGCCUCACGUUCUGUCAGUUAUGUGCCAGAAAAGCUUCGCAUCCCAGGCGCGGCCCUCAUAACCAUUGGCGUCAUCGUCGUCGGAGCUUUCGCGUCCCCCGAGUCGCAUGAAAACACACGAGCAGACAGAGCCGUCAGCCUCUUUGGGCUUGUCGUUUUCCUGUUCGCCCUAUGGCUUAGCUCUCGCAAUCGGAAGAAGAUUGUCUGGCACACUGUCAUUGUUGGCAUGCUGGUCCAGUUCAUUAUCGCGCUGUUUGUCCUACGCACCAAGGCCGGAUACGACAUCUUUAACUUCAUUUCCACCCUCGCCCGGGAGCUUCUCGGCUUUGCCGAACAAGGCGUCGACUUUCUCAUUGAAACUGGCUGGGCUGAGAAACAUAGUUCUUGGUUCCUGGUCAGCGUCAUCCCAGCCAUCAUGUUCUUCGUCUCUCUGGUGCAGCUCCUCUACUACACGUCCGUCCUGCAAUGGGCCGUCCGAAAGUUCGCCAUCUUCUUCUUCUGGUGCAUGAGAGUCUCCGGCGCCGAAGCUGUCGUCGCAGCCGCCUCCCCAUUCAUCGGCCAAGGCGAAUCCGCCAUGCUCAUCAAACCCUUCGUCCCGUAUCUCACCAUGGCCGAAGUCCACCAAAUCAUGUGUUCCGGAUUCGCAACUAUCGCCGGCUCCGUCCUCAUCGCCUACCUCGGCAUGGGCGUCAAUCCGCAAGCCCUAGUAUCCUCCUGCGUAAUGAGCAUUCCCGCCUCUCUAGCGGCAUCUAAGCUGCGCUGGCCCGAGGAAGAAGAAACCCUAACAGCCGGCCGCGUCGUCGUCCCCGAAGACGACGAACACAAAGCCGCCAAUGCGCUUCACGCAUUUGCCAACGGCGCCUGGCUAGGGAUCAAAAUCGCCGGCAUGAUCGCCGCAAACCUACUCUGCAUCAUCUCUUUGAUCGGACUUAUCAACGGCCUUCUCACCUGGUGGGGCCACUACUUGAACAUCAACAACCCCCCCUUAACCAUCGAACUCAUCGUCGGAUACCUCUGCUACCCCAUCGCCUUCCUCCUCGGCGUAUCCCGAAACAGCGAUCUCCUCAAAGUGGGCAAGCUAAUCGGCACAAAACUCGUCAUGAAUGAAUUCGUCGCCUACAACGCCCUCCAAACCAACCCCGACUACCAAGACCUCUCCCCCCGCUCCCGUCUCAUCGCCACCUACGCCCUCUGCGGCUUCGCGAACAUCGGCGCCCUGGGCAACCAGAUCGGAGUGCUCGCUCAGCUGGCGCCCAGUCGUGCAGGCGAUGUUUCUCGGGUGGCAGUGAGUGCGAUGCUCACGGGAGCGAUUAGUACGUUCACUAGCGCUGCAAUUGCAGGGAUGUUGAUUGUGAACGAGGUGCAGUCUGCGAAGGAGGGGUCGUAGGUGUGUGCUAGGUGGUUAGUGGGAUGGUGUUGGGGGGGUGGGAGGUUUCAUGCCAUUUAUUGUGACUCCGUAGUACUAGACGCGUUUGCGAGACUAUGGACUCUGUACUCUGUACUCUAGCCUUGAAUAGAGGGGUGGUAGGUGGGCGGUUCACUUGCUGCUUGAUGAUGGUUCCGG